AAUGUGGGAUUUGAUUUAUAAGCCCUUGGUUGUUUACCCAGCUGGUUUCAGGCCCCUCUCCCCACCUGGGAAUCUCAUGGGUGUGAACUUGCAGGCACAUUUGGACAGACCAAGAGUCUCCAAUGAAAUGACAUGGGGUGAGGGAGGAGAGGAGAGGGGAGGGGGCAGAAGGCUGUGGCCUGUCCUGCUUCCCAGCAUCAGCCUCAGAUCCCGGCUGGAUGCUGAGGGGUGAGGCCUUGAGCCUCUGGAGCCUUCGGUGCCUUCUAGAGCUUUCCCUUCCACCGCUCUCUCUAACCUUCCCAACCCAACCCAGAAGGCCAACGGGCUCUUUCCAACUUCGACUUUUUCCAGCUCCCCUGUCACUAGCCUGUGAGGCUGGCAGUUCAGCUCUCAUGGCCCCCAUUUUCCAGCUCCCCUGUCACUAGCCUGUGAGGCUGGUAGUUCGGCUCUCAUGGCCCCCAGCUUGGAGCUGAGAAGUUGGGGACUCACAGAGGGGAAGCGGCAUGCUGGAGGUCAUACCGUGUAGGGAGUGACCAAGCUAAACCCCAGACUUAGGGCCCCUUCCUCUGCCCCCACCGUCUUCCUGCAAUCAUCGGAGCAGGAUGGGGAAUUCUGAGAACUUCUGGCCCCGUGUCUGUGCCCUGCCCUCCAAAAGGAGAGGCUGGGGGGUUCCUGGUGACUGUCUGCAGUGGUAGCAGAUCCCUCCUUCCUGAGGGGACAGAGGCAGCUCACCCCAGGUCAAGUGCAUGAGGAGCUGGGUGGGGUGGGGGAGUGGCCAGCGGGGCUUCUCUGGGGGGCUCGUGGUGUUGCUGGGAGCCAGAGUGGGACUAGCAGAUGAGGCGAGCAACUUGACCUGGGCACCGAGCUGGGCUGGUAUGGACGUCACCAAGCAAGUAAAUAUGGAACCGCCCCCACAGUGUCAGCUUUCCCAGAGUGGUCUCCCACUAUCUCUCACUUUCCCCGAGGGAAAGGGGUGAGGGCCAGGAAGGGAUCCUGCUGCCCGAUGCUCAGGGGAUGGAGAUGGCCAGCUUGGGAGACUCUGGGACGGCUGAGGGGCCUGGGGAACAGCCCACUGGACCCUCGGCCCCAGCAGGGAGUGAGCCUUUCGUGGGGGCGGCUGACUGGGACCCAGCCCGGGUGGACUCAGCAUUGUCAUGGUCCAAGGACAGAAUGACUGACAACAUGAAGGAGUGCCUGGCGCAGACCAAGGCGGCUGUGGGGGAUAUGGUGACCGUGGUGAAGACCGAGGUCUGCUCACCACUCCGAGACCAGGAGUAUGGCCAGCCCUGCUCUAGGAGACCAGACCCCUCAACCAUGGAAGUGGAGCCCAAGAAACUGAAGGGGAAGCGUGAGCUCAUCAUGCCUAAAAGCUUCCAGCAAGUGGACUUCUGGUUCUGCGAGUCCUGCCAGGAGUACUUUGUGGAUGAGUGCCCGAACCACGGUCCCCCAGUGUUUGUGUCCGACACGCCAGUGCCCGUGGGCAUCCCAGACAGGGCUGCCCUCACCAUCCCACAGGGCAUGGAGGUGGUCAAGGAAGCCAGUGGGGAGAAUGACGUGCGAUGCAUAAAUGAGGUCAUCCCCAAGGGCCACAUCUUCGGCCCCUAUGAGGGGCAGAUCUCCACCCAGGACAAAUCAGCUGGCUUCUUCUCCUGGCUGAUUGUGGACAAGAAUAACCGCUACAAGUCCAUAGAUGGGUCAGAUGAGACUAAAGCCAACUGGAUGAGGUACGUGGUCAUCUCCCGGGAGGAGAGGGAGCAGAACCUGCUGGCGUUCCAGCACAGCGAGCGUAUCUACUUCCGAGCGUGCCGGGACAUCCGGCCCGGGGAGCGGCUCCGGGUCUGGUACAGCGAGGACUACAUGAAGCGCUUGCACAGCAUGUCCCAGGAGACCAUCCACCGCAAUCUGGCUAGAGGAGAGAAGAGGUUGCAGAGGGAGAAGUCUGAGCAGGCUCUGGGGAACCCAGAAGACCUGAGGGGUCCCAUUCAGCUCCCCGUGUUGAGACAGGGCAAAAGUCCGUACAAGCGUGGCUUUGACGAGGGGGACGCACACCCCCAGGCCAAGAAGAAGAAGAUUGACCUCAUUUUCAAGGACGUGCUGGAGGCUUCCCUGGAAACCGCGAAGGUGGAGGCUCAUCAGCUCGCCUUGAGCACCUCGCUGGUCAUCAGGAAGGUCCCCAAGUACCAGGACGACGCCUACGGUCGGUGUGCAAUGAGCAUGUCACAUGGCGUGCAGAGUGUCAGCCGGACCCAGGGGGAGGGGGACUGGAAGAUCCCCCAGGGGGCUUCCAAGGAGCCAGGCCCGUUGGAGGAUGAAGAAGAGCCUUCGUCCUUCAAGGCCGACAGUCCCGCCGAGGCCUCCCUUGCGUCCGACCCUCACGAGCUUCCCACCACCUCCUUUUGCCCUAAUUGUAUUCGCCUCAAGAAGAAGGUCCGGGAACUCCAGGCCGAACUAGACAUGCUUAAGUCUGGGAAGCUUCCGGAACCCCCCGUCUUGCCAGCACAGGUACUGGAGCUCCCAGAGUUCUCGGACCCUGCAGCCUCCGAGAGCAUGGUCUCCGGCCCCGCCAUCAUGGAGGACGACGACCAGGAGGUCGAUUCCGCAGACGAGUCCGUCUCCAACGACAUGCUGACCGCCACCGACGAGCCCUCCAAGAUGUCAUCCGCCACCGGGCGCCGCAUCCGGCGCUUCAAGCAGGAGUGGCUGAAGAAGUUCUGGUUCCUGCGGUACUCGCCGACCCUCAACGAGAUGUGGUGCCACGUGUGCCGCCAGUACACCGUGCAGUCGUCCCGCACGUCGGCCUUCAUCAUCGGCUCCAAGCAGUUCAAGAUCCACACCAUCAAGCUGCACAGCCAGAGCAACCUGCACAAGAAGUGCCUGCAGCUGUACAAGCUACGGAUGCACCCCGAGAAGACGGAGGAGAUGUGCCGCAACAUGACGCUGCUCUUCAACACAGCCUACCACCUGGCCCUCGAGGGCCGGCCCUACCUGGACUUCCGGCCGCUGGCCGAGCUGCUGCGCAAGUGCGAGCUCAAGGUGGUGGACCAGUACAUGAACGAGGGCGACUGCCAGAUCCUCAUUCACCACAUCGCCCGCGCGCUGCGGGAGGACCUGGUGGAGCGCCUCCGCCAGUCGCCCUGCCUCAGCAUCAUCCUGGACGGGCAGAGCGACGACCUGCUGGCCGACACGGUGGCCGUCUACGUCCAGUACACCAGCAGCGACGGGCCACCGGCCACCGAGUUCCUGUCCCUGCAGGAGCUGGGCUUCUCCAGCACGGAGAGCUACCUGCAGGCGCUCGACCGCGCCUUUGCCGCCUUGGGCAUCCGGCUGCAGGACGAGAAGCCCACCGUCGGCCUGGGCAUCGACGGGGCCAACGUCACAGCCAGCCUGCGGGCCAGCAUGUUCAUGACGAUCCGCAAGACGCUGCCCUGGCUGCUGUGCCUGCCCUUCAUGGUGCACCGGCCCCACCUGGAGAUCCUGGACGCCAUCAGCGGGAAGGAGCUGCCCUGCCUGGAGGAGCUGGAGAACAACCUGAAGCAGCUGCUGAGCUUCUACCGGUACUCGCCGCGCCUCAUGUGCGAGCUGCGCUCCACGGCGUCCACCCUGUGCGAGGAGACGGAGUUCCUGGGGGACAUCCGUGCCGUGAGGUGGAUCAUCGGGGAGCAGAACGUCCUCAACGCCCUCAUCAAAGACUACCUGGAGGUGGUGGCCCACCUCAAGGACGUCAGCAGCCAGACGCAGCGGGCCGACGCGUCCGCCAUCGCGCUGGCCCUGCUGCAGUUCCUCAUGGACUACCAGUCCAUCAAGCUCAUCUACUUCCUCCUGGACGUGAUCGCCGUGCUCUCACGCCUGGCCUACGUCUUCCAGGGCGAGUACCUCCUGGUGUCCCAGGUGGACGACAAGAUCGAGGAGGCCAUCCAGGAGAUCAGCCGGCUGGCCGACUCCCCGGGGGAGUACCUGCAGGAGUUCGAGGAGAACUUUCGAGAGAGCUUCAACGGGAUCGCGAUGAAGAACCUCAGGGUGGCCGAGGCCAAGUUCCAGUCUGUCAGGGAGAAGAUCUGCCAGAAGACCCAGGUGAUCCUGGCUCAGAGGUUCGAUUCCCGCAGUCGGAUCUUCGUGAAGGCCUGCCAGGUGUUCGACCUGGCCGCCUGGCCCCGGAGCAGCGAGGAGCUGCUGAGCUAUGGCAAGGAGGAUAUGGUGCAGAUAUUCGACCACCUGGAGGCCAUCCCCACCUUCUCGCGGGAUGUCUGCAGGGAAGGGCUGGACCCGCGGGGCAGCCUGUUGAUGGAGUGGCGGGAGCUCAAGGCGGAUUACUACACCAAGAAUGGCUUCAAAGACCUGCUCGGCCACAUCUGCAAGUACAAACAGCGGUUCCCGCUCUUGAACAAGAUCAUCCAGGUCCUCAAAGUCCUGCCCACGUCCACCGCCUGCUGUGAGAAAGGCCGCAAUGCCCUGCAGCGGGUGCGCAAAAACCACCGCUCCCGCCUGACCCUGGAGCAGCUCAGCGACCUGUUGACCAUCGCAGUGAAUGGCCCGCCGAUCGCCAACUUCGAUGCCAAGCGAGCCCUGGACAGCUGGUUCGAGGAGAAGUCCGGCAACAGUUACGCGCUGUCCGCCGAGGUCCUCAGCAGGAUGUCGGCGCUGGAACAGAAGCCCGUGCUGCAGACCGUGGACCACGGGUCAGAGUUUUACCCGGACAUCUAGGGGGCCGGUGUCCCCAGAGUUCACUAAGCUGUUGAAUAUUUUUUUAAUCUAUACUCAUAAGCUUUGAUAUAUUAUAUAAAUAUAUAUUAUAUUUUAUAUAUAUAUACAUAUGUGUAUGUAUAUAUAUAUAUAUAAACCCACACUGAAAGUUUUUAAAAACCAAGGUGACGCGUCCACCCGAAGCCACUGGGAGCUUUCACAAAGGAAUGAUGUUGGAAACAGACCCUCGUCUACGAGAUCUGGCAGCUGCAGCUUCCGUGGCCAUCCUUUUCCCUCACCGAAGCACGUGCUGGGGCCACACGCGUUCCCACCUAACAGCCAACCAACAGCCUAAGCUAGAAUGACGGGUCCCUGUCAUCACCUCUAGGUGGUUUGUUAUUUGUUUUUGCUUGGGGGUUGAGGGGUUUGGGUUUGCAUUUAUGUUCUUGCCUUUCCUUUUCUCGUUUGGUCUACGAUGCGGUUCUCGGCCCCAUCGCAGACACGCCGGUGGAGCUGAACCCCGUCUUUGAUUUGGGAGGGGGUGGGUGGUGUAUCUGGAUUGGGGUGUGUGACCCUUUCCCUCUCCCACCUGAUUUCAGCCUGACAGGUUUGUAUGCAUUUCCUGAUGAGCGUUCCUUCACUGUCUUAGAAACAAACGUGUCGGUCAAACUGUGACACCCGCCACUUCCCCACCUCUGUCGCCUCUCCCUUCCCUGGGUUAUAGAUUCCCUCUUAAAGAUCUUACCUGUUAUACUGAAGGCAAAAUUGCCUUACCACCGAGCUUGAAGUCCUGGGGAAGGGACAAGGUGUGUGUGUGGGGGGGCGGAUUUUUUGCAUUCCUGUUCUUAAGUAGUGUUGGGUAAAUAAUAUAAUUCCAGUCAGAUCCGGGACUGUGGGGGAAAUGAAGAGCCAAAAAAUCCAGACCCUAACAGGGCAGUGAUUUUUGGCUAAAAACAAGUAAAAUGAAAGGUAUGUAUUCCAUUUACAUGAAUUAUUUAUGCUGUCUUUAUAAUCACAUAAUGUGUUGGGGGUAUUUUGUUGUUGUUGUUCCCUUAAUAAUCAAAUGCCUGCUCUAAUUCAGUGGCAGGAGAUGUCAAUGCAAGUUGUGCCCUGGGUUAUGCGUGACUCGAAGGAGGGUCUCUCAAGCUUGAGGCCUCCUUUUGUGACAAGGCUAGUUACAAACCCUUCAGCCUGGCAAGGAGGCAGCGGGAAACCAGGCAUUGCGUCUAUGCCGGUGAAUGCUUCCUUUUUUUGAACAGGGUAGAGAUGUCCUAAAGAAAAAGGAAUAAACAAGAGGUCAGACAGGACUCUCAAGGCAUCAGCCUACACACACACCCACAC